AUGACUGGAGUAGUUGCUCAGAUCAUCCCCAAUCAAGUACUGGUUCUGCAUCAGGUUCAUUCCAAUGUAGGCCAGUACGCUGAGACGGUACACAUCGACCCGAACGAUAUUGAAGAUAUCUUCGAUUCCAGCAGAAUGCCUGCUGUGACAAACCCCUCGGGGGCCGGUCCGCUGGGUUUCACAGCACCCUCCGCCAAUGCCAUCCCUGCGCCGAUCGUUCCUUCCUCCAAUACACCAACAUUCCAGGACCCUGCAAUUCUUAGUAUGGGACGGCGUCCUGGACCGAAUAUCGGAGAAAAGAGAGACCCUACACCGCCAGCCAUCACGAAGAUCACCAGCCUUGUUAAAACUCUGGAAGAGGCGCCAGGAACGACCAACAUACACCUAUCAAGCGCCUUGAGGAAAGCUUGGCGCUCCGGCGCAAGACGGAAGACACGCCGCAAGCAGAAGGGUAGUCGAAGCCAGCCUGAAGGCGAGAAUACGCCCGUCACAGUCAAGGAAACUGAUGAAGCGGGGGGCCAAGGAGGCUCUGGCUCUGGGUGGAGGCAAACACCGAUUCUACAGUCGACCAAGUCAUUCCAGCCUUUCGCAUCCCUUAAGAGGGGUCAGAAGCCGAAUGCUGAUGGCUGGGCCUCGGAGGAUGUCACCGAUGUUCAAGGCGCUGGCGAUUUCGACUUCGAGGGUAAUCUCACCAAGUUCGACAAGCGAAACAUAUUCCAGGAGAUGCGCCAACAGGACAAGGUUGAUGAUGCUGAGCGCCUCGUAUCCCACAAUCGUCUUCCGCGCUCGAAACCUGGUACCGCCGGGGGAAAGAAUCUACACUACUCGGAGAACGUCCUAGAUAUGCCAUCAACUUCGUCGGCCGCACAGGCACCGGGGUUAGUAUCGAAGCUGAAAGAAACCCCCGACGACUUUUGGAAAAGCGAAGCUGAUGAUACUAACAUGAAUGGAGGGGAACGACUGAGUGGCGAGUGCCACGCAAAGUAUCCUUGGGCCCAGCAGAAUCAACUCGGCCAGCCGCCUCCGGCUACAGCUGAAGGUUUCUAUUCUAUGGGUUCAAGUCGACGGGUCGAGACAGUCACCCAUCUGCAAAUGCUUAAUCUUGAGAAUAUUGCGCACAAUGAGAUGGGUCUGACUGAAGAUCUCAUGGCCGAGAAUGCUGGGCGGAGCAUCGCCGAGGUUGCCCUGUCGGCCCUCAACGAUCCAGCCGUAACACUUCGUAACGCUGCCGCUUCCCCUGGGCCAAAUACGCCUACUAUCGUCGUCAUGGCGGGAAACAACAAAUCAAGUGUACGUGCCAUCUCAGCUGGACGUCAUCUUCGAAACCGAGGCAUUAAUGUCCUUGUUUGUGUGGUCGGCAUCGAGCGAGAAAAGGACCUGAUCGAAGAGGUCCAGAAGCAGAUUAGGCUCUUUCGCAAUUUCGGCGGCGCUGUGCUCUCCAAGACGCAGCUUUUCAAGCAGCUCAGCAAGGCCACUACGAGCCUCAAUUCAUCGCCACAGAUCUCUGUCACCCUUAUCGUUGACGCUCUUCUCGGACUCUCGAUCGCUUUCGAGGAAUUACGCAAGAGCGAUCAAGCUAGUACCUACGAAUUGAUGGAGUGGGCCAAUCGCAACGAGGCCUUUGUUAUGGCUGUUGACGUACCCAGUGGAAUAGAUCCAACAGCCGGAAAGGUUAACAUCAUCGACGGCGCGAGGCUUUACGUCCACCCCCGAUACGUAAUUGCUCUUGGGGCGCCGAAACAGGGACUGCUGAGAGCAAUGCAGAUCGGCUACGAAGAGCAAGCCGACAUCGCAGUCGAGGACUGGAAGCUCUAUUUAGCGGACAUUGGCCUAGGUGCCUCGACGAUUUGGCGGAAAGCGGCCACCAAACUGCGUCGUGGGAUUGGUAUUGACUUCGGGAUAAGUGGGUCAUGGAAAUGCGGUAUCAGCAGCAACUGGACAAGCCUCUGGAAUGAGGUGGCAUAG